CCAGCCCACCAUGGCCCCUUCAGGUGUCAUGCUGCUCCUGCUUUUGCUCCCAGUGGCUGCAGCUGGGGUGACCCCAGGUUCCUGUUCCGGAUGUGGGCCCCUCUCUCUGCCAAUGCUGGCAGGGCUCAUGGCCGCCGACGCGGUGGUGUCUCUGCUCAUCAUUGCGGUGGUGUUUGUGUGUGCCUGCCCACGCCACAGGCCCACCCUAGAAGAUGACAAAGUCUACAUCAACAUGCCUGGCAGGGGCUGACCCCCUUGUGAGGCCUUUGACUUCUGACCCUCUCAUCCCGCAUUGUGUGCGGCCACACAGGAAACGCACUCCCCACUUUGGGGUGGAAUAAAGCAAUUAAACUAC